AUGGCAUCAGCGCUCAUAGCUUCAUCGGGGAGUCUUUGUCGUCGCCGGCAUCGGUGUACAAGGGUGGUGCAACAGCGACUGACGGCGCCGGAAGUAGAGGAAGGAGCCAUCCUUCAAUCUCUAGAACUGCAUCAGCGAGUGAAAGAUGGAGUCACAGAUCAAGCACGCGGUAGUGGUGAAAGUGAUGGGAAGAACUGGAUCGAGGGGUCAGGUCACACAGGUGAGGGUCAAGUUUCUUGAUGACCAGAACCGUUUCAUUAUGAGAAAUGUGAAGGGACCCGUCAGAGAAGGUGACGUUCUUACUUUGCUUGAGUCGGAGAGGGAGGCCAGGAGGCUGCGUUGAUUUCUCACCUUAUUCUCAACUUUUGAGGUUUGCUUAAGUUUUGGAUUUUGUUCUUAGAAGAUAUGAUUUGAGUAAUAUGUAUUUGAGGCAAACUAUUCUCAUCUCAUCUAUGAUUUCUACAUCAUUACUCUUGUAACAGACAAUUGAUUUAAUGGUAGAUCAAUGCACAUCUUGGGUUUAUCGUUUUU